AGCUUGCCCUUCUACAUAUUCUCAGAGUCCUAUGGAGGGAAGAUGGCUGCCGCGAUCUCACUGGAACUCACUAAGGCCGUAGAAAAAGGAACCCUGAAGUGUAACUUUGCCGGAGUGGCUCUGGGAGACUCUUGGAUCUCUCCACUGGACUCUGUUAUGACCUGGGGUCCUUAUCUGUACACCACGUCCCUGCUAGAUGACUACGGCCUGCGGGAGGUGAGCAGUGCCGCGGAGGCGGUGAAGCAGGCGGUGGAUCAGGGGCAGUACCUGAAGGCCACAGAGCUCUGGUCUGUCACUGAGAGUGUCGUGGAACAGAACACAAACGGAGUCAACUUCUACAACAUCCUCACCCAGGAACCUGAUGAGGAGAUGUCCUCCGUGCCUGGAGGAGGAUACCUCUCCCUGCUGAUGCGGCACCACAUUAGCCCCCUCCACCGCCAAUCACUGAGCCAGUUGAUGAACGGGCCAAUCAGGAAGAAGCUGGAAAUCAUCCCUCAGAACGUCACCUGGGGAGGUCAGGCUGAGGCAGUGUUCAGCAGCAUGUCAGGUGACUUCAUGAAGCCAGUGGUGGACGUGGUGGAUCAGCUGUUGGAUGCUGGGGUCAACGUCACCGUCUACAACGGACAGCUGGACCUCAUAGUGGACACCAUGGGUCAGGAGCAAUGGGUGAAGCAGCUGAAGUGGAUGGGGCUCCAGAGCUUCAGCCAAAUGAAAUGGACUGCCCUUAAUGACCCCGCCUUCCCGGGUGUGACCGGCGCCUUCUACAAGACCUACAAGAACUUCUCCUUCUACUGGAUCCUCAAGGCCGGUCACAUGAUUCCCUCGGACCAGGGACCCAUGGCACUACAGAUGUUGAAGAUGAUCACACAGCAGGACUGACACACACACUCUCACUUAAUAACACACACACACCGCACACACUAGAGCUGGACGAUAUGGAGACAAACAAAUCCAGAUUGUGAUAUAUUUCCAUUUUUUUGUUUUAUUUGUUCCAUUUAUUGUUAAAUCAGUUAUUUUGGGGGGAGGUGUGUUAAAGCCGGACCACAUGGACUAAAAGUCCUAUCGUGAUGAAUGUAACUAGUGUUUAAUGGUUAGUUACUUUACAUUAGCGAAGAGCUAGCUAUCGUGAUGAAUGGAACUACUGUGUUUAAUGGUUAGUUACUUUACAUUAGCGAAGAGCUUAUAAGAGCAUCUUCUGUAAGAUGAGGGAAUAAGAGCGUCUGCUAAAUGACACAUUAUUAAAUGUAAAUUAGCGGCAGGGCUCUAGACGUGCGUUUCCAGGGCCAGGUAAGACAACUGAGAUGGUAGACGACGGUUCAAAAAGUAAGAUAUUCCCAUGCCACAUAUCCAAGGGAAGGAGUGGUUGAUGUGCAACCUGUCAAAAGGAUCCACAAUGAUCACAUUUAUUUUGGCCUCUUCAGAGAAUUGGCUGACAUCUCAGUGCAUAUUGGCCUGUAGGCUACAUGAUUCACCACCUGAGGAAGGGCGACCUCAAAACACUAAGUUUACUAACCGUAGACAUGAUAUUGUUGCUAGGUAACCAUGUAGGCUGAUGUCCUACAGGAACUUCCCAGCUCUAGGCCUAGGCUACUUGAUGUAGGUCUUAUUCACUGCAAAUGGCGCGCUCCACGAGAAGGGUGUAAUUGCGGCUCGCAAUUCUGGGCGUUACUGCAUGUGGUCAUUCCUUCAUCUGCAGGAACCCCUCUUUUUAUAGUUCUAUUGGUCCAUUAUUAAGUUAGGAUUGUGUUCGGGAGGCGGGGGUGUGCCAGUUCACUAGGGGGGGUGGUAAUGAACCAUAACCAUGCCAACUGCCGAUUUAAACCCCACCUUCACCCUGUCGGACAUUGCUUUCCCGCAGUUCUGUUAACGACGUCGAUUGCAGGUGUUUGGUAGGCGGGAGAGAAGGACACUGUGCUAGCUAGGACUCCGUUACACAAGGUGGGAGGCAGCGGUAACUGGUUGGUUGGUAGUUAGCUAGGA